GAAGCCUGGAGCUACAAAAGAAUGCGCAUGCCUUGCUUGGCAAACAAUACAAUGGUGCAGUCGACAUCCGUCCUGAAUGCCUGACCCCAUCAGCACGCAGCUCUCAUGUGGCUGACCUGACAGGAAGACCACCUGUGUUUUGGAACCAUCUGGGAACACCAACAGUACCAUUGACCAUUUUGACACGUAUUUGCUUGCUGCUGGUGGCGAAAGUUUCCCUGUGGAACGCAAAGCCGCAUUGCUUGGAACCAAAGGUUAAAAAAAAGGAAAAAAAAAAAGACGGGUUGCACUUGCCGCCGUAUCGGAAACGCCGGGGUCAACCAAAGAUGCCAACCGGUGCAAACGUUAGCGACCAAGUUCAGCCCACCAUAUGUAGUAGCCACAGCCAGACUCUCGUUUCAAAGUCUCGUGCAUGGAGAGUUUUCCCCAAGGAUUUUCUCUUCGAAUUGCUGCAAGAUACAGUUAACCGGUGCGAUUUUGGUUAACUGAAGGACUAGCUGCAGCUCAAACAAUCACUCAUUGGACUGACUUCUACGUGGUUACAUGAACGUUUGCUUGUCUAGGAGUCCUUGCUUAUGUUCGAGAAGGCCAUGAAGAUUAUCAAUGAUGCUGAACGCGUGCAGCCUCGCCUCCAAGAAUACGAGCCUGAAGUGCUUGUACAGUUAAACGCAGAGCUCCAUCAAGUUCGUGAUUGCACCAUUCUUUGCCGCGGCAACUCGCUGCACAUUCGGUAACGUGUCAGCAUUAGAACAGGCCACCCCACUCUAAAACUGGCUUCCCCAACUGCAACUGGCUGCCCCAGUUCCCUCAACAAGCGCCUACUCAGAACUGCCCCACGUGUGGCGAGGUUUACUGCCAGUGGUCCAAGAGGCAACAUUUUGCCAUGGUGUGUCACAGUAGACCAUUCGCAUGGUCACUGGCAUGGUGUCAGCGAGGCCAUAGGUCACCCAAUCCUGCCAGGACGAGGCUUUCGAAUCGUGUGAGUCCACAGCGCUGUCCACCCAGUCCUGCCAGGACGAGGCUUUCGAAUCGUAUGAGUCCACAGCCCUGUCAAACACCCAACCGAAUCUCCACACACCGGGAUUUUACACUGACGUUGAGGUGAACGGAAAGCCUUCAUCUUAAUUUGUGAACACUGGCUUUUGAGUUUCCAUUCUGUCCAAAGAAUUGUUUACAGUGUAUUCUGUUGAGCCAUUAGGGUCUGAUUCACUGGUAGCACUCCCCAAAAAGCUGAAAGACUAUUCAGAAACUAUUCACUUCUAGGAUGCUUUCAAGCUUUGAUAGCGCUUCAAAAUCACACUGCUGAGAUACUGUUUUACGUUGUAAGAAACGGACAAUCCCUCCUUAGUACUGAUGCAACCCCCAAACUUAAUAUGAUUCUCGCCUUCAAUGCUGCGGCACCAGUACACAGCCAGUUCCAGCGAAUAGCGGGUGUUCUUUGGGCUCACAGCCCCGGUGUCUUUGUGAGUUGCCACAUGUGCCAUCUAACACACCUAAAAACAGCAGAACAGGUAUGGUGAGCCACCUACUUGACAGAUUCAAUGAACACUUGUUUACUAAUGGCCCUGGUCUCGUACACUGUGUCACCCCAUCAGGUCAGGAUACGUACUGAAGUUCCACCACAGCAACUGCCUCUCACAUCGCAAGAACCAGUCAAACAGGAAAUAGAGAACUUAUUACAAAAAGACAACAUAGAAUGUGUCUCUGCAUGGGAAUGGUCGUCUCCCAUUGUUGUUGUUGUGUAGUGUGACUGUGGCCGCUAGGUUUGGCGGCAACAGGAAAGACAGCUACGAACAUGUGAUGUGUGGCCGCUCCACCUGGCGGCGUUGAAGUGGUCCUGAGUUGUUUUUGAUACGCAUGUGGUCAGUUGGUGUUUGCCAGCAGAGUGUGGCCUGGCGUAAGUAAACGUUCGUGUUCCUCAACCCACAACAUGUAAACACUGGCGACGAGGAUGGGAUAGGUCGGCAUGACGUCCAGCGCGGCAAUGGAGGACGGGCGGAACCCCGGACAACGGGACGCCUCCAGCAAUGGCUCCCUCGAGCAAUUCAACUUGUCACAGCCGGACGAGUGGGAAGACUAUGCUCAGCGGUUCGAAUUCUUCCUGGAGGCGCAGGGCAUUACGGACGCUGGAAAGAAAAGGUCGACGUUUCUCAGCCGUUGCGGGGCCGCGACGUUCCAGCUGGCCAAGGCCCUCGUUGCGCCGGACCAGCUGAAAGAUACGCCGUACGAGGAUAUCAUCGCUGCCCUUCGAAAUCAUCUUUCGCCGAAACCACCGGAAUUGGUGCGGCGAUACGAGUUCCAUCGCAGAGAGCAAGCAACCGGUGAGUCCGUCGCUGCAUACCUCGCGGCUCUGCGAACGACUGCACAGCACUGCAACUUCGUUGACCUUGAUAAGGCACUCCGAGACCGUUUCGUUUUUGGCCUGAGGAACGAUAAAGCUAAACGGCGCAUUUUGGCGAAAAAAGAAGUGUCGCUCGCCUGCGCCGUCGAGGAAGCUACCGCCACCGAGGCCAUCGACCGUGAGGCCAGCCAGUCGCGACUAAAUGCAACCGCGCCGCGUACCGAGCCAGUGCACCAGGGAACGGUCGCCGACUGUGGAGAGGACCAGGACGGCCUCGAGGAAUGUGUUCGUCAGUUGCGUGCAGACACCAGUCAACGCAGGGACGCAGGACUGGGGGGCGGAUAUUGUGCCGGUUGUGGGGGGCCGCACGAGCGCCGGUUGUGUCGUUUCCGUGAUGCCCAAUGCCGAGGUUGCGGAAAAACAGGGCACAUAGCCAAGGUCUGCCGGUCUCAACGGAAGCGGGACCGCCGUGCGAUUUUUGAGACAAACGGCAGGACGGACAAUUCGCGGACCACUCCGCGUGCGAGUACCUCGUACUGUGACAACCUCACGGAGACCGCCAUCCACGAUGUGCCCCAGCCCGGGACAAAGAAGAUUCACGUUGCUGUCGAAAUCGAAGGUGUGGAAUGCGAGAUGGAGGUGGACUCGGGAUCUACGUUUUCGCUCAUCUCCGAGGCUACGGCCAGGCAAAUCUUCCCGAAUGGGUGCAUCCCGAAGUUGAAGCAACUCGGCGUCGUUAUGAAGGACUAUCAGGGAAACUGCAUAGCAGUGCAAGGGAUGGCCACAGUUACAGUAAAACUCAGGGGUUUUGCUGGCCCACUGAAACUUGUCAUUGUCAAAGGGCAGCGUCAAAGCCUCCUUGGACUAGACUGGUUUCCAGCAUUAGGAAUUAAGGUCACCGGAGUGCAUCGCAUGGACGAACUGGCCACGGCAUUUGACAAGCUGUUUGAGGAGUUUGCUGUUGUCUUUGACGGGGGACUGGGGUGCUACAAGGGACCACCUGUGAAGUUGGCCUUGAACCCGGAGGUGGUGCCAGUCCGCCUAAAGGCAAGGAGGGUGCCCUUUGCACUGCGCCAAAAGAUCGAUGCCGAGCUGGACAAGCUGCUACAGCAGGGUGUUCUGGAGCCAGUGGACUGCGCGGAGUGGCAAACCCCUAUUGUCACACCAUUGAAGGGAAAUGGAGACAUCCGCAUCUGUGCAGACUACAAGUGUACCAUUAACAAGGCCCUCCAGCAGCAUGCAUAUCCGGUGCCGGUGGUCAACCACGUAUUGGCUUCUCUCUCAGGCGGAACCAUUUUUGCAAAGCUCGACUUGGCCCAGGCUUACCAGCAGCUGCCUGUCACCGAUGAGUCUGCAGCAGCACAGACCAUCGUAACGCAUCGUGGGGCAUUCAGGGUACGCCGAUUGCAGUUUGGUGUCAGUGUCGCACCUGGCAUCUUCCAAAAUCUAAUGGAAACCCUCCUACGUGGAAUACCAGGUGUAAUUCCAUAUUUUGAUGAUGUGCUAAUUGCAGGGGCAUCAGGUCAAGAAUUGCUCUCUCGCCUUCGCGAGGUCCUUCGCCGUUUCCAGGAUGCUGGGCUGAAGGUAAAAAGAGAGAAGUGCCAGCUGGGUGUCGCCCAAGUCGAGUUCUUGGGGUUUCGAAUAGACGCCGAGGGCAUCCAUCCGACCCCAGAAAAAACACGGGCCAUUCUUGGUGCACCUCGCCCGUCAAACAAGACCGAACUCCAGGCAUUCCUGGGACUGGUGAACUUCUAUCAUGCGUUCUUGCCACACAAGGCCACUGUUGCGGAACCACUACACCGACUUUUGGACAAGAAGGCCACCUUUGUGUGGGGCCAAACACAACAAAGAGCGUUCGAAAGCGUGAAAGAACUCUUGGCAUCCAAUCAAGUCUUGACGCAUUAUGAUGAGAAGCAACCUCUCAUCCUUGCCUGUGAUGCGUCCCCAUACAGAAUAAGAGCUGUGUUGAGCCACCGAUUGCCCGGCGGCACAGAAGCACCGGUCGCCUUUUAUUCAAGGACCCUGUCGAGUGCAGAGCGAAACUAUGCACAGAUCGAUAAGGAGGCACUUGCCGUGGUUGCAGGCGUCAAAAAGUUUCUUAACUACCUGUUUGGCCGGCCUUUUCAGAUCCAGACGGACCACAAGCCACUGCUCGGGUUGUUCACGUCUGACCGCCAGACACCACAGAUGCUGUCUCCGCGGAUGCUGCGCUGGUCUAUCUUCCUGAAUAGAUACCAACAUACGCUGCUCCACCGGGCUGGGAGGCACUUGGGCCAUGCGGACGGCCUCAGCAGACUGCCCUUACAGCACCAGGGCCACGAUGACCCCUCUCCCGCAGAGGUUGUCAUGCUCCUGAAUGCGCUGCCAGAACCACCCCUCCAUGCAGCGGACAUUGCCACCCACUCUGCCAAAGAUCGCACCCUUUCACGUGUUCUUAACUGGGUCUGGAAAGGGUGGCCAAGGGGCAGCAUGGGCCCAGAGUUUUCUGCCUUCACAUCAAGGCAGCACGAACUGACUGCCCACAAGGGUUGCCUACUCUGGAGUGACCGUGUGGUGAUUCCACAAAAGCUGCGGUUCCGGGUGCUGGAAGCACUGCAUUCUGGGCACCCUGGUAUUAUCCGGAUGAAGGCACUUGCCCGCAGCUAUGUGUGGUGGCCAGGCAUGGAUGCUGCCAUCGAAGAAUGGGUCCGAUGCUGCUCCUCUUGUCAGGAGACGCGGCCAGAGAUGCCUCGAGCACCCGUCCACCCUUGGGAGGCGUCUCAGAACCCAUGGUCCCGCCUCCAUAUGGAUUUUGCCGGUCCCUUUCAAGGGCAGACCUUCUUAAUCGUCGUGGAUUCGUAUUCAAAGUGGCUGGAGGUCAUCCCAACAUCCUUUAUGACGUCACAGACAGUAAUCAGUGCAUUACGGAAACUGUUUGCCACACAUGGUCUCCCAGACACCAUUGUCUCAGACAACGGAGCUCAGUUUAAGUCCACAGAGUUUCGAGGGUUCCUGGACAGCAAUCUGAUCCGCCAGGUAACUUCGGCACCAUUCCACCCAUCUACGAAUGGCCAGGCAGAAAGGAUGGUACGCACUACCAAGGAAGGCCUAUCUCGCAUCAUCCAGGGGAACUGGGCACGGCGCCUGGCAGAUUUCACACUGCAGCAGCACGUAACCCCACACACGACUACGGGGCGAUCCCCGGCCGAGCUCCUGAUGGGCCGCAAGUUGCCAACGAUGUUGGACCGCCUGCACCCUGAUCGGGCCCCAGAGAAGUCCACACGGUUGGCAGAUUCCCCGUCCAAACCACGCACGUUUCAGCCUGAAGACCCUGUCUUCGCACGUAACUAUGCUCAGGGGCCUCUGUGGAUUCCAACAGUGAUCUCCCAUGCAACCGGACCAAUAUCUUAUGAGGUCACGGCCCCUGAUGGUCGAGUACUGCGCAGGCAUGUGGACCAACUCCGUCGCCGGACGGUCGGGCCUACCCAAACGGCGGGUGCAGAACUGGAAAGACCGCAGCCUGAAAGACGACCGAUGUCAACGUCUACCCCUGAAGGCUCGAGUUCUGUCCCGGUGGCCCCUGAGGGCUCGAGUUCGGCCCCUGUGGAGCCAGACGCACCGGGGGAGCAGCCGACUCCUGUGGUUAGCAGUGUGCCCCCACAAGAGGGCGGAACCGUUCCACUGACUGUCCCAGUGGAGGCAAAUGACGAGCCUUUAGUGCCACCACUGUGCUUUCGUCGCUUGCAGCGUGCUCGGGGAACCCCGCACCAUCUAAGAGACUACGUACUGGCCCUGGCUGACUGCUGAGUUCAAACUUGGAGGGGAGGGGUGUUGUGUAGUGUGACUGUGGCCGCUAGGUUUGGCGGCAACAGGAAAGACAGCUACGAACAUGUGAUGUGUGGCCGCUCCACCUGGCGGCGUUGAAGUGGUCCUGAGUUGUUUUUGAUACGCAUGUGGUCAGUUGGUGUUUGCCGGCGGAGUGUGGCCUGGCGUAAAUAAACGUUCGUGUUCCUCAA